UUUGAAUUCGCGCCUUGGUUACAACAUAGCGUCGCUUUGCACAUGUGUGCUGCAGUUGUAAACCUCUUCAUCAACACUGCUCCGCACUACACAGGUGUAUCCCUAUUUGUUUCCUGCACUAUAAUUCGUUGACAUUUAAAUAAGACGAAACGAAGAGGUACAUCAGAACGAUUGUAGUAACAAAUUGACUUUCGUAGCGCGUGUUUAAUACACAAGUAUAAGCUAAAAGAUACAUUUUUAUAAUCGACAUUUCGAAGAUUGCAUUAGUGAUAAAAUGAACACUUCAUUAAAACGUCAGGUGUUGGAAGCAUUUAAACGUCUUCACAGAACCCGACAAAUUGCUUUUCAAGAUGACCAUUUUGCCCUUCAAGCUGCAAGAAAAAGAAUUAAUGAAGAAUAUAAAAAGAAUAAACAUGUUACAAAUUCUGAAGCUGUGAAUGAGAUGAUAAAUCUUUCUAAAGCUGUGGAAGAAGAAUUAAAGACAUCUGUAGUUCAGGCACGUGAAGUUGAACCUGGAAAAUAUGAGUUACGGAUACUGCCAAACACAAGAAAACUUGACAAUAUUCCAUUUCAGGAUUGUAAAACUUAAUGAAGAAUAUUGUUGUUGCUUUGUGUAGAACUAAAAGAUAGUGAUACUAUGAUUAUAUGAAUGUUAUGUAUAUAUAUUUAUUCAAUAAUUUGUAAAAUGAAUCAUUGUGACUAAUCUUAUGUCUUAUGCCAUAUUAUGUAUUCAAAGGCCCUUGUAUCUUUUUUAUGUCCCUUUAAAUACAGGAAUAAUAUGGUAACCCCUAGACUGUUAGCAUUAUGACAACCAAUGACCUGAAGACAUGCAUACAAGCAACUUCUGAAACAUCAUGUAGGUAUACCUCAAUUAAUAAACAUUGUUAAUUAGUAUGGUAUAAUGAAUAAUGACUAAUAUUGAUGUCUAGAAGCUACCCUACAUAUAAUUUAGAAACAUUCUGUAUAGGUAUGUGUUUUCAAGAGACUAUGAAAUAAUAAUGGUACAAGAUAUAAAAUCAGUGCUUUAAUUGG